AUGGAGUCGAUUACCACGACUUGUCUUAUCGAUCUUGCCUUUGACUUAUCAGACGAUUGGAAAAAGCUUGCACAUGUUCUUGGUCUUUCUGGAGAAGUAUCAAGAAUAUGUGAUGACUACAGACGGAAUGUCUUCGAACAAGCUUACCGAAUGCUGCAAACUUGGAAAGGGAAAAAGGGAUCUCAGGCUACUUAUCAAGUCUUGCGUGAGGCCCUUGCACACGAAGCCGUAUUGCGUAAUGAUUUGGUUCAAGAAUACUGUGAGGGAAGAGACAGGAGCUCUUUGGACGAAGGUAAGAGAUUGAAAUCUUUUCGAAGCUUAUUGUACAGCACCUCAAACAACAAGAGCGGCGACAUUUACAGAGAACUUAGAUUUCUUAGGAGGGAUUUCAUUUACUCAAGUAGCUAGUUCACUGAUUCUUGAUUCUGGCAUCUGGAAGAAUAUAUAGUACAUGUUACCUCCUUGUGGAUUGACUUAGACAGUUUUUACACUGAUUCAUUCAAGUGUGACUGUUAACAGCGUUAGAUCUUUCGGUAAACAAUGAGAUGAAGUUGAGACAUAAGUAUUAGGAUGUUUAACUAGCAAACAACCGAAACGAAACCAAAGCACGUCACAGUUGAGUUGUUAGCAGUCAAAAUGGUACAUACUUUUAAGUGAGUGAUAUCAGAGUAAAAUGCAAUAUUUAAUCGUUUCGAGGGGGGUGGACAGAAAUCCUUGAGGGACGGGGUAAGGGAGGAUAUGGUCGUGUUUCUGAGCUAUCGCCAAGAUUUUGAUGAUAUAACGCGAUGCAAAACGAUAGUAAACCAAAACAGGGACUAAACCACGAAUGCAACACCAAUGAAAGGGUAGCGAAAAAAAAAGAGUUAAUAAACGUGCGUCUCAAAACUUUGCACAUUUCCGGGCCGUUCCUUACAAAAAACAACGUAAAAUCACUUAAUUUUCCAGGCUGGUCGUUUGCAAUCCGUUGAAUCUCCUCCACCUUCAACUACCCUUGCGCCUUCUCGAUUUAUCAUGGCCUUUCUUUCUACAGAGCUAACAUUUUGUUUGGGCUCCCUCGGAUUUAAGGUAGUUUUGUAACAAUAGCCACUCACCCAGCUGUCUCGUUUGUUGUCUCAAUACCUUACAGAGAUCGACCUUGAAGGACUCAAGCCUGGGGUAGUUUCCAGCAGUGACUUACUCUCCAUCGCCAAAGACUUAGGAUUAAAGUGGGUCUGGAUUGGUCGACUUCUCGGGUUGGAAGACUCCUUGUUAGAUGGCAUCAGAGAAGAUCACAUACAAGUCUCUGAUUGUCAAUACAAAAUGCUCGAGUUAUGGAGGAGGGAAAAGACUACUGGGGCAACCUACCAGUGCCUUGCAAGAGCGUUGCUGCACAGAACAGUUUGCAUGCGAGAUGUUGCUGAGAAAUUCUGCGUGGAGAAUUAA